GAUCCAGAAAAAAAACGGAAAAACCUCGAAGAUUGCCGCAUUGGAAGUAUUUUUCUGUUAUUUAUCUCUCUUCGUUGGAAGGCCCUACGAUUCUCCGGCGAUCGCCGGAGAUCUGUUCGCCUCUCGAUCCAGUGUUCUCUCCUGUGUCCAAUUAACGUUGUUUUGAAGCUAACUUCCCGCAAGGAAACCCUCGCUCUUCUCUGUUUAUAUAGCAGUGGAGUACCGGACGCUUAUUGGUGCCCGCAUUCUCUCACCUUGCUUCUGGUACAGAGUCAGAUACGUCAUCUGUCAACGUGGAAGGAUGAAUCUGCAAACAUGCUUGGCUCCGCCAAUCGUAUCUUGAUUUUCGAUUCUUCAUGCAUUUGCUGUUUUGGUUUCUUGUUGGACUUGCCAGUUAAUGUUUGCUAAUAG